AUGGCGGCCAUUAAGUAUUUCCAUUCCAAGCUCCACGACACCUUGAUAUGCUGCCGUGAAAUGGUGGACUUGUUUUUUAGCAGGCAUUACUUCUACAUUAAUACCCUGCUGGAGAACGUUCAUUCUUCAGUCAGGAUGAGAUCUAUGGACAGCCCAUUCUCUAAGGCUACUGAACAUAAUGUAAAUGUCUAUGGUAAGGAGGCUUCAACUUCAGUGAAUAUAACCAUCAAAAUUGAGGACAUCAACGACAACAAGCCAGAAUUUUACAACUGUUCUGAUAAUUUAGAAUGCAGAUUUACACAGGAAAGCCAGCAAGACAAUUUUGCUGUGGAAAUAGAAGAACACUCAUCACGUGGUGUACCUGUUAUCACCAUCGGUGCUAAGGACAGCGAUGAGGGAAUAAACAGUCGUUUCGUCUUAUAUCUGGAAGGACCUAAUGCUAAUGUAUUCACUGUUUCCCCCAAUGUAAUUACUGGCAGCAGCUCCUUCCAGCUUUUUGUGGCAGACUCCGUUGCUCUUGAUUAUGAGAAAACACGCACUAUGAACGUUGUGAUUGUAGCAAAUGACACUGGAAAUUCUGCAGACUGCUGCUCAGAGGCCAAUAUAACAAUCAGACUUCUAGACAUCAAUGACCAUAGUCCAGAAUUUCCACAUCAAACUUAUACCCUGGAGGUGAAAGAACACAGUGCGGAUGGAUCACUGGUGUCUAACAUCACGGCCUUUGAUCCUGAUUCUGGGUGUUUUGGAAAUAUCACAUAUGACCUUAGGCCUGCCACCUUGUUGAAUACACUUGAGAUCAAUAAAUUGAAUGGAGAGAUAACAGUCAAAAACAGCAUUCUGCUGGACAGAGAAACACGUCCAAACUAUUUCAUCACCUUGGUUGGCACAGACUGUGGUGAUCGUGUUGGCUCAACAGUUAUAGAACUGAAUCUGAUUGAUAUUAAUGACUAUACGCCAACAGGAAGACAGAUAUACAAUACAUUCUGGAGAGAAAAUGCAAAUAACCCUCCACUGGACAUUGAGGCAUUUGACAAUGAUGAACCAGAAAAUAAUAACAGCAAAGUGCAGUACCAUAUAGAACCGGGUACCUACAGCCAGAACUUUACUAUUGGACUUGAUGAUGGCAAUCUAAACCAUUAUGGCAAUUUGGAUCGUGAAGAUAUUCAUAUUGAUCUAAAUGGUCAAAUUACUCUGAAUGUGAGUGCCUGUGAUCUUGGUGAACCCAGAAAUUGUUUUUUCAUAAAUGUCACCAUAAAUGUGGAGGAUACAAAUGACAACUUACCUGUAUUUAAUCAGUCUUCCUACAACUUCACAGUAAAAGAGAGUGAAAAAGGCAUUUAUGUUAAUAAUGUAACGGCAAAAGAUCGUGAUCAAACUGUUGCCAACAGCCGCCUAACAUUUCAGAUAACAAAUGGUGGAAUGGGUAGUUUUACCAUAAGAUCCGCCACAGAUAAUGAACGUGAAGGGUACCAUGGGAUGAUAUCUGUAGACAGAGAAAUUGAACUGAAUUAUGAAACAACCAAGAGCUAUACUCUCACUGUGGAAGCACUGGAUAUUGACUCUCAAAGUGCAAUGGCCACUGUCCACAUUGAGGUUAUAGAUGUGAAUGAUGAACGACCUUCACUAAUUCCAGCCUCACCAAAUGGUGCAUCUGCCUUUGAAAACAUGACCAGUCUUGGGGUCAUAACAAAUGUGUUGGGAACAGACCCAGACACAAACCAUUCCCUCAUUUAUCAAGCACUGGAUGUACAAUGCCGUAAGAAUGGAUACAGCAUUAAAGAUUUGUGUCACGGCUGGUUUUGGCUACAUGAGAACGGGUCUGUGUUUAUAAAUGAGAGUGAGUCGGUUGUGGAUUUUGAGCAAUGUGAUGAAGUUUGGAUAACUGUACAAGUUAUAGAUGUCUAUACUGAGAAAUACACUGAUAAUGGCAAAAACAACUAUAGUGAUCCAGGUGUGCUGACAAUUGCUAUCGAGGACAUCAAUGAUAACAGACCAGAAUUUAUAAGUCAGGACGAUGUAUUCGCGUAG